AUGAGGCGUCCACUGUUUCUUCGUAUUGUUGGCGCUUUAGAGCGUAGGUAUAAAUAUUUCAGGAUCAAAGAGGAUGCAGUCGGUAAACCCGGCCACACGCCCAUUCAGAAGUGCACGACAGCAAUCUGGCAGCUGGCAUACAGAGGUACGGCCGACAUGUUCGACGAGUACCUUUACAUCGGCGAGUCAACUGCCCGCGAAUUCGGUUUGAACAACGACAUCAAUGUCCUACAGUCGUCACCCCUUUUCAACGACCAAGAACUUGGUGUUAGUCCGACUGUCAGUUUUGUCGCCAACGGCAACCAGCACAACAUAGACUACUAUUUGGCGGAUGAGAUUUAUCCUAUGUGGCAUGUCUUCAUGAAGACGAUUAGAUGCGCAUUUGAAGUAAAGAAGAAAUACUUUGAGAGUCGUCAGGAGCUAGCGCGCAAGGAUGUGGAGCGUGCAUUUGGUGUGCUCCAGAAUAGAUGGGCGAUAGUGAGGGGUCCAUCGCGGUUGUGGCAUAUGGAAUGCAUCGCUGAUAUCAUGUACGCAUGUAUUAUCCUGCACAACAUGAUUGUCGAAGAUGAAGCUGCAGCACUGACUGAUUGGGCCAGUGACGAUGAUGAUGAUGCCGGUCCAAGCCACGAUGUGGCCACCCCCAGUGGCCGUAUGGGGGUAGCCCAUGAAAGGGCCGAGCGGGUGCGUGCGUUUGGCAACAUGCGCCAACGACAAGCCCAUAUUCGACUCCAGAAUGAUUUAAUUGAAGAGCUAUGGUUGCGUCGGGGUCAUCGUUGGGGAUGUUCGUGA